UCCAUUUCUUUUUCUUUUUCUUUUUCUUCUCUUCCUCUGCGUCGCCGUUUUCUCCCCUCACCAGACACGCCGAAGCCCUUCGUCUCCUCCACCCGACGGCGCCGCCCUCCCUCACGUCGUUUCCUCUUCUUCCCCGCAUACAAGACCCCUCGGCCAAGGAAGCCCCGAGCCUUCUCUGCGUCGACUCGUCCCCUUCUCUCCCGGAUCUCUCCUGUGCCGACGCUGUGCCAAACCACCGCCGGCCUUGUCUCCCUUUCUCGGAGUCGCCCUCUGCACGGAAGAGUCAAGCCCUAGACGAGCCCUUGCCGAUCUCCCCGACUCCAGCCUCUGCCGAUCUCACGGCAGAUCGCCGGUUGCCGCCGCCUCCACCGCUACUGCGCCCUCUGCUCCGUCGCCUCGUCGAGCACCGGCGCAAGGACUCCUCCUCUCCGGCACGGAUCCACUGAUCGCCCCAGAUCCGUCCGAUUGCCCUUCUCCCUGAGUCGCCGCUGUGCAGGCGGAUCGUCAGCCAAGAGGAGGGGGGGAGGCUGAACCCUAGCAAUUCGUCCACCGCCAUCUCCUUUCUGUUGAUCCACUGUUUGCUCGCUUUCUUCUCGUGCAGGUUAGUUAACAUUCUUUAGCUCAAUCCAAGUAUUUCCUCCCUAUUUCCGUUGUCCGCAUGGAGGGAAAACCCGGAGACGACGAUUUAGAUCUGUUCGACUCCGCGGUGCUUCUGGAUGAAGCCUUGCGCCAGGAGGGUUUUGACGACGGAUACAAAGACGGUUUGAUUUCUGGCAAGGAGGAAGGGAAAGAGGUGGGACUGAAGACGGGCUUUCAAGUCGGCGAGGAGCUCGGCUUCUACCGAGGUUGUGUUGAUGUAUGGAAUUCCUUGCUUCAUAUCGACCCUGAGGCAUUCUCAUCCAGGAUCCGAAAAAACGUCCAGCAACUGGAAGAUCUGCUGAAGAAGUAUCCGCUGCUGGACCCCGAAAAUGAGGAUGUUCAGGAAGUCAUGGAGGCCAUUCGACUAAAGUUUCGGAUUAUCACAGCGAAUAUGGGGGUGAAAUUGGAUUAUGAAGGAUACCCCAAGUCAUCAGCAGCAGGUAUCGAGGAUGUUUAAUUCAUAUGUUCGAACAAAUCAUGUUGAUCUUAAAGUUAUUAGUUUUGUAAUGUUUUGUAUGAAUAUGGGCGUCGACUUUGACCCUUCCGUUGUAUUUACGGGUAAAGAAUUAAUUAUGUUCAACCAUCGUGAUAACCGUA